CUUUACCGAUCUCCCAGCGCUCACACACACACACACACACACACACACACACACACACACACACACACACACACACACACACACACACUGAUCUCCCUCUCUCGGCCGUGCAACCCACUCUCUCUCUAUCUGUAGGCUUUUCAUUCGUCUGAUCCUCUUUAAACUGAUGUAGGCUUCCCCGCUGCUGGCUGCGCACGACUCUCUCCGCCGGUCGGUUCACAGCGACCCCGAGCACCGAGCGGACCGGACUCUCUUAUUCUUCCUCUACUGCACACAACAAGUUUGACAGCUGCAACGGGCGAACACGGCACAGCGGGAGAAAAUGCGUGCGUACGUCUAAAUAAGAAAAUAACAACAACAACAACAACAACAACAUAGCGGGAGCCGGGGAGUCGGAGAGAUGCCGCACUGAAGGGGAUCCCUGCAAGGCAAGAGACUGCUGGGCUAAACUGGACGGAAACACGAUGGUUUUCUGAUUUUCCAGUAUGGACUGGGAGUGUUGAGCGCUCUCUUUACUCUGAUAACAUCCUCACUGUCUGACACACACUUACACUGUAUUUAUUAAAUACCCCACAGCACCACAGUGGCUGGGGGAUUCACAGCAGUGGUGGUACAGUAGCCUGCUGCCCACUGCCCUGACCUCAUAGUACUUUUUAAAUAUCCACUCCCUGUGGAAACAGCAGACCCCUGUCGCUGUGAGACAUCUUUACAGAGUCCCUGCUGUCGUUGUGGAUGAGGGUUUUACCGGCUGGCUGUCCCGGUAGAGCGCAGUAGCUACCAGCAGAGAUGGACAAACACAUUGCGCCAUGCGUCACACCAAACCUGACAAUGAUAUGAACCAGUGCAUCAUUCCCUCAUCAUUUAAAGCAACUUCAGCCUAUCCGACGUCGACACCUGAAGAGAGAUUAUUUCUCCCCCUUCUUGAACAUUUGAAGUAAACUUUUCCUCUCCUCCCCCCGCGCUGUGUCUCCCCCCCCCUCUCCGGUGAUACCUCUGUAGGAUUCCCAUGAAGCGGCGCAUCGGGUGAUUAUACUUUCUUGGGGAUUUUGCUCUUUGCACACCGGGACAUCAUGUGGACGCCGACGGAGGACGAGAAGAUAGGAGUGGUCAUCUGCAACUUCCGGGGCUCAGUGACUCAGGGUUUGGCUCUGGAGGUGGGAGAGACGGUUCAGAUUCUGGAAAAAUGUGAAGGAUGGUACAGAGGAUUCUCAACAAGGAAGCCAAAUGUCAAGGGAGUUUUCCCAGCCAGCUACAUUCACUUGAAGAAAGCCAUUGUCACCAACCGAGGGCCGCAUGAGACUGUGGUGCCUCUGGAAGACCCCAUUGUUACUGAGGUGACGUCAACACUACAGGAAUGGGCUCUACUAUGGAAGCAGCUCUACGUGAAACACAAAGUGGAUCUGUUCUACAAGGUUCGUCACGUGAUGAUGGAGCUGAUCGACCUGAGAAGGCAGCUCUUGUCUGGUCACCUGACGCAGGACCAGAGCCGAGACGUCAAGAGACACAUCACCGUCAGACUGGACUGGGGCAACGAACACAUGGGUCUGGACUUGGUGCCCAGAAAGGAGUUUGAGAUGGUGGAUGAAGACCAGAUAAGCGUGUCAGAUCUUUAUAAGAUGCAUCUGUCUAGCAGACACAGUGUACAGCAGAGCACCACACAGGGUGACGGCACCCGGCAGCGACACGGGGAGCCGUGUAGAGUUCCAGUUCCACACCACCUACUGGUCAACCUGAAGAGCUUCACCUAUAACAGCAUAGGAGAAGACACGGACAUAUUCUUCUCUCUGUAUGACCUGAGAGAGGGCAAAACCAUCAGUGAGAAGUUCAUGGUGAGACUGAACAAGAACGGAGGACCAAAGAAUCCAGAGAAGGUGGACAGGCUGUGUGCCCUCUUUACGGACCUGAGCAACAAAGACAUGAAGCGAGAUCUCUACAUCAUCUCCCAGGUCAUCAGAACAGGUCGCAUGCUGUUGAAUGACAGUAAGAAAGGCCCUCCGCACGUUCAGUACCGCCGACCGUACGGCUGUGCAGUCCUCGCCAUGAGCGAUGUGCUGCAGACCAUCUCAGAACUCAAAGAGGAGAAAGAUUUUGUCCUGAAAGUCUACACGUGUAACAAUGAGAACGAAUGGUACCAGAUCCACGAGAACAUCAUCCGGAAGUCCAGCACCAAAUACACAGCUCCCAGCACCAACUACGGUCUGAUCAUCUCUCUGCAGCUGCUGAGGGGAGACAUGGAGCAGGUCCGCAGAGAGAACCCGCUCAUUUUCAGCAGGGGGGUGGCCAUCACUCGCAAACUGGGCUUCCCUGAUGUCAUCAUGCCAGGUGACAUCCGUAACGACCUGUACCUGACCCUGGAGCGAGGGGACUUUGAGAGAGGAGGGAAGAGCGUUCAGAAGAACAUUGAAGUCACUGUCUACGUGCUAUAUGCUGAUGGAGAGAUCCUAAAGGACUGCAUCAGUCUGGGUUCAGGUGAGCCCAGCGUGCCGGAGCACCGCUCCUUCGUGCUCUACCAUAACAACAGCCCUCGAUGGAGUGAAGUGAUCAAACUGCCGAUUCCCAUCGACCGCUUCAGAGGGUCCCACCUACGCUUCGAGUUCAGACACUGCUCCACAAAGGACAAAGGAGAGAAGAAGCUUUUUGGUUUCGCUUUCACUCCUCUGAUGAGGGAGGAUGGAACCACUCUCUCAGACGAGAGCCAUGAACUCUAUGUUUACAAGUGUGAUGAGAACACAACCUUCAGUAACCAUGCCCUCUACCUGGGCCUGCCCUGCUGUAAGGAAGACUUCAACAGCUGUCCCAGCAUCCCAUCCAGCCUCAUCUUCCAGCGCAGCACCAAGGAGACGUUCUGGAUCUCCACACAGCUCUCCUCCACGAAGCUCACUCAGAACGUGGACCUCCUGGCCCUGCUUAAGUGGAAAGCCCAUCCGGACCGGGUCAUGGACAUUCUCGGUCGGCUACGGCACGUCAGUGGAGAGGAGAUAGUAAAGUUUCUCCAAGACAUUCUGGACACAUUAUUCUCCAUCUUGGAUGACAACACUGACAAAUAUGGACCGCUGGUGUUCCAGUCAUUGGUGUUUAUUAUAAACCUACUCAGGGACAGUAAAUAUUACCACUUCAGGCCGGUGAUGGACACAUACAUCCAGAAGCACUUUGCAGGAGCGUUGGCUUAUAAAGAGCUGAUCCGCUGUCUGAAGUGGUACAUGGACCGCUCUGCAGAGGUGGUCAGACAGGACCACAUACAGGAAGCAAUGAGGGCUCUGGAGUAUCUGUUCAAGUUCAUCGUCCAGUCUCGGAUCCUCUACUCUCGGGCCACUUGCGGUAUGGAGGAGGAGCAGUUUCGCACCAGCAUCCAGGAACUCUUUCAGUCCAUCCGCUUCGUCCUCAGCCUGGACAGCCGCAACUCAGAGACCCUCAUCUUCACACAGGGCCCUCAGCCUUGUCCAGGCCCAAAUCAAGCCCCAGGCCCCGGCGUUGCUUCCUUAGCACUAGCCCCUGCCCCGGGCCAAGCCCAGCCCCCUGCCCCAGGACAGGCUCCUGGCGGCGGGCAAGCCAACUGCACUCAGGCCUGGAGCUCCAACGCUCUGCGGCCAUCUCCGCUGUCAGCCGCUCUGUUGAACUCGUUCCCAGCGAUCUUUGACGAGCUGCUGCAGAUGUUUACGGUGCAGGAAGUGGCUGAGUUUGUGCGCGGCACUCUGGGCAGCAUGCCGUCCACGGUGCACAUAGGACAGUCCAUGGACGUGGUCAAACUGCAGUCCAUAGCCCGGACAGUGGACAGCAGGCUCUUCUCUUUCCCAGAGUCUCGAAGGAUCCUGCUUCCUGUGGUCCUUCAUCACAUCCAUCUCCAUCUGAGGCAGCAGAAAGAGCUGCUCAUCUGCUCUGGAAUACUCAGCUCUAUAUUCUCUAUUAUCAAGAGCAGCUCACUGGACACGUCCGUGCAGGAGGAGGUGGAGAUGAUGGUAGAGUCCCUGUUGGAUGUCCUCCUGCAGACGCUGCUGUCAAUCAUGAGCAAGAGCCAAUCGCAGGAGGCGGUAAGGGGUCAACGCUGUCCGCAGUGCACCGCGGAGAUCACUGGAGAGUAUGUGUCCUGCCUCCUGUCCCUCCUCCGCCAGAUGACAGAUAUCCACUUCCAGCACCUGAUGGAAAACUUUCAGAGCAAGGAGGAGCUCAAGGAAUUCUUGUUGAAGAUUUUGUGUGUGUUCAGAAAUCUGAUGAAGCUCAGUAUUUUCCCCCGCGACUGGAACAUCAUGAGGCUCCUCACCAGCAACAUCAUCUUGACCACAGCUCAGUACCUUUCUCCUGCUCUGCACAAGAACUUCACAGAGGCAGAAUUUGACUUUAAGGUGUGGAACUCUUACUUCAGUCUGGCGGUGCUGUACAUCAACCAACCCAGUUUACAGCUGGAAAACCUGAGUGCUGCUAAGAGGAAGAAGGUCUUAGACAAGUACGGAGACAUGAGAGUGAUGAUGACCUACGAACUGUUCAGUAUGUGGCAGAACCUCGGUGAGAAUAAGAUCCAUUUCAUCCCCGGUAUGAUCGGCCCGUUCCUGGGAGUGACGCUGGUUCCUCAGGUGGAAGUACGAAACAUCAUGAUCCCCAUCUUCCACGACAUGAUGGACUGGGAGCAACGCAAGAACGGAAACUUCAAACAGGUGGAAGCUGAGCUGAUUGACAAGCUGGACAGUUUGGUUUCUGAGGGGAAAGGUGACGAGAACUACAGAGAACUCUUCGGUUUGCUAACCCAGCUGUUUGGGCCCUACCCCAGUCUGUUGGAGAAGAUCGAGCAGGAGACGUGGAGAGAGACGGGGAUCUCCUUUGUUACCUCGGUCACUCGGCUGAUGGAACGACUGCUGGACUACCGGGACUGCAUGAAGGGAGACGAGACAGAGAACAAGAAGAUUGGCUGCACUGUUAACCUCCUGAAUUUCUACAAGUCAGAGAUCAACAAGGAGGAGAUGUACAUCCGCUACAUCCACAAACUGUGUGAUAUGCAUCUGCAGGCUGAGAACUACACUGAGGCUGCGUUCACUCUGCUGUUAUACUGGGAGCUGCUGCACUGGGAUGAGCGGCCUCUGAAAGAGUUCCUGCAUUAUCCUGCUCAGACCGAGUGGCAUCGCAAGGAGGGGCUCUGCCGCAAAGUCAUCCACUACUUCAACAAGGGAAAGUGUUGGGAGUUUGGUAUUCCUCUGUGCAGGGAGCUGGCCUUCCAGUAUGAAUCUCUGUACGACUAUCAGAGUCUCAGCUGGAUACGGAAAAUGGAGGCGGCAUAUUAUGACAACAUCAUGGAGCAGCAGCGUCUGGAGCCAGAGUUCUUCAGAGUUGGAUUCUACGGCAGGAAGUUCCCUUUCUUCCUCAGAAACAAAGAGUUUGUCUGUCGCGGCCAUGACUACGAAAGGCUAGAGGCCUUCCAGCAAAGGAUGCUGGGAGAAUUCCCGCAAGCUAUUGCGAUGCAGCACCCCAAUCAGCCAGAUGAGGCCAUUCUGCAGUGUGAUGCACAGUACCUCCAGAUCUACGCAGUAACACCGGUGCCGGACAGUGUCACCGUCCUCCAGAUGGACAGAGUCCCUGAUCGCAUUAAGAGCUUCUACCGAGUCAACAACGUUCGCCGUUUCCGUUACGACCGACCUUUCCACAAAGGACCCAAAGACCGAGAUAAUGAGUUCAAGAGUCUUUGGAUAGAGAGGACCACCCUGAUCCUCACUCACCCUCUGCCUGGGAUUUCACGCUGGUUUGAGGUGGACAAGAGAGAGCUGGUCGAGGUGAGUCCAUUAGAAAAUGCCAUCUCUGUGGUGGAGAAUAAGAACCAGGAGCUGCGGACUCUGAUCAGCCAGUACCAACACAAGCAGCUGCAUGGCAACAUCAACCUGCUCAGCAUGACGCUGAAUGGAGUCAUCGACGCUGCAGUUAACGGAGGCAUCGCCAGAUACCAAGAGGCUUUCUUUGAUAAGGAGUACAUCACCAGCCACCCUGAAGACACAGAGAAGAUCACUCAGCUCAAAGACCUGAUGCAGGAGCAGGUUCACGUCCUCGGAGUUGGCCUGGCCGUGCACGAGAAACUGGUCCACCCAGAAAUGCGUCCCCUGCACAAGAAACUGAUAGAUCAGUUCCAGAUGAUGAGGAGCAGCCUCUGCCAUUGUUUCUAUGUGGCGUUGCAGGGUCUGCCUGGUUUAGACAAGGUUGGUUCAGGAGCCAACACCCCCAGAGGGAUCCUGGCCUCUCACAGCCCGAUGAGCCCCGAGAGCUUCAAACUCCUGCACCGGCACAGUCCCAUAGCUGUUUUGACUCCAGUGCGCAACUCCUCCUCCUCUCUCUCCUCUCACAACUCCAGUGAGACAGGGAACGUUGGCAGCCUGCUGAUCCUGGCUGAUGGCAUGGUGGUGGAGCACCCCGAGGACUUCUACCGCAUGCAGGCAAGCCCCUCCUCCUCCAGCCUUAGCUCCACCCACUCUGCACCCUCCCAGAUGAUAAACUCCGCCCCCUCAACCAUCAGAGUCGGCUCUCCUUCCCUGCCGGACAAAUACAGACACAACAGGGAGAUGCUGAUGCUGCUGCCACCUCACAGAGAGAGACCGAGCAGUGCCAUGUACACCAACAUCACCGAGAACGGACAGCCGACGAACUUCCAGCGAGCGUUGUUCCAUCAGGUGAUCGGUCCGUGUAAACCCUGCAGUGACCCCAACCUGUCUGUGGCUGAGAAAGUCCUCACCACUCCCAGUAGUUGGAGUUUGGACAGUGGUACCAGAGAAGCCCUCCCCUUCCUCACUGCCCAUGUUGGCAGUGUCAUGGCGCCUCCUGUUCCCCCUCGCAACCUGCCUCAUGGGCAACACCUGUCGAUGCACUUUGACGCUUUCCACCACCAGGUCAGCGACCUCCCUCCAGCUCUCCCUGCGCGCUCCUUAAGAAAGUCUCCCCUGCACCCUAUACCUGCCUCGCCCACCAGUCCACAGUCCAUCCUGGAUGGCAGUAACUCCACAUUAUCAGGCAGUGCCAGCUCUGGAGUCUCCUCCCUCAGUGAGAGCAACUUCGGCGGCCCCGCCUCCUCCUCAGACCCCCCGGCCAGUCGCACAGACACCCUGGAGUCCGUCCCCAGCAGUCAGGCCUGGACCACCGACCAAGAAGACCUGGACUCACUUUAUCAACCCGUCAGGUACAGCGUCUCUGAGCCCGACGUCCUCGAUGGAGUGAAACCCCCACCCUGCCGCAGCCACUCCGCCCCCGGAGGCGUCACCCCGGCCCAGGCAGGGGGCCAAAUCCAGCCCCAGGCUCCGGGUUCGGCCUCCACUGGAGCUCCACAGCAGCAGGAUGGGCUGCCGCACCCCCAACACCACCACUACUACCACCACUUCCACCCACACUACAUCCCCCACCACCCGCCUCUUUACCACCUCCACGAGCCUCCUCCAGCCCUGCCCCCCAAACCCUACCUCAGAGAGGGGUGUAUCCCUGAAGAAGACCCCCUGAACACCCAGUCUGCACCCCCUCCUCCCGCCCCCCGGCCCAUGCCACGCAAGAUCUCCCAGCCCAUAAUCGCAGCAACCAAGGAUGAGCAAGCGAAAGUGGCCUGGGAGCACGGCAUCAGUGAGGAGUGAGACGUCGGCUGAUGAUGAUGAACAGAAUAUGAACUCUUUUCAGAAGAGAAGUGGAGUGAGAGCAAGAGCCUAAAACCGAUGAGAAACUGUCAGACUCCCCCCAGUUGUCCCGGUUCAAUAACCAAACUAAUCAUUGAAGAUGAAGGUUGAAUGGAUCUGCUCUCUCAGUACAGUCAGCUUUCAACAUCUUUUAACCAAAUGUUUCUCAUGUCACUGCAUCCUGAACUAAAACUACUAUUUAAUCAGCUUUUUCACUAAAUCUAUCAUAAUAAUGUCCACAAACACAUAUUUCUAAAUGCAGUCGCACUCGUACUGAAAUUGCACAGAUAUGUAUCUUAUCUCAUGUUAGUUAUUGAUUUUAUUUUCACUGAUAAUCGAACAUUAUCAUUCAGAUUUUUAAAUAACAAUUAUACCCUGUUCUCUAAAGCAGCACUUUAACAAAGCAACAGAGCACCAAAACAUAUGAGAAUUAUAAUCUUAACAUAUUUUUUAUAAAAGCAGGGAUUAUUUCGAUGCUACGUAACGAUAAAGUGAAGAUCUCACUGAAAACAAGUCGAAUUAAAGAGUCCCGAACAAACAGCCAAUCAAACGACAGAUUGAGCUCCGCCCCAGUCGUCUUAUUUGUCAGAUAAACAAACAUUAUUAUAUUUUCCAACACAAAAAAAACAAAGUGUGUAGAUAUAAUACAGUAUAUAGACGUAUAUAAAUAUAAUUUCUAUUUAAUCCAUAUACUUUUGAUUGAAGGUGAAACCUGUGUAGAAAUAUGCAAGAUAUAAAUGAGCCGUUAGUAGCUGCUGGAGGAUUUAUGACGCGACGACGCCUCACACACAAACACUCUGAAAAUGUUGCAUCCCAUAAUUUCCGGGGUCAAGAAAUCAUUUUAUUUAAUGCUGAAAAGGCGUUUAAACCUGCGCAGGGUGUUUUUUUUUUAGCAGAGGAGGCGUUCAAGGGAAGAAGCUGUAAAUGUGUGCGAGGCAUCAGAUGGAGGAUAUUUAUAGAGAAUAUUAACGAUAAUAAAUAUACACUUUUUGCCAUUUUUUUAUGAAAGUAAUGAACUGUACAUUUUUUAAUCAGGUUUUGUAUGCAUGUCGAUUCAUCGGGAGUUUGAGCUUAAACAGAGACUGUGAGCGAUCCACAAAGGUUAAACUACUGCAGAACUUCUGUGCACUGAUGUGUUUAUAGUUUAUAGGAAGAAGAAGCACUUUGAUCACAGAGGAUUUUAAAAUCUACAUGAUUUCAUCUUUGUGAUCCUGGUGUGUACGAGUACUGUGAAGGAUAAUACUUUUGUAUUUUGUUUGUUUUAAAAAAUGUUUUUACUUUUAGCCACCUGCUCAGAUAUGAUUAUGUACAUACUGUCAUCCUGCAAUGCACCUAAUCACUCCUCCUCUCCUUUUUUUGGUUGAAAUGAACAAAACUGAACUGUGAACAGCUGUUAGCUCCCCUGGUUUAGCUUCCUAACUGUGUUUCUGUCACAGCCGUUUACACUGCUCAGCGUAUUCUGCCUGAUGCUGGAUCAUAUGCGGACUCACACGUGGUUAACUGUCAUAUUUAUGUGCACAGAUCUGAAUCAUAAAGUCUCAGAGGACCUUUUAAAGGUAAAACUCCUGCAUAUAUAACUUAGAAGAUGUUAAAUGAUAAGACUGCUGAUAUUGCACUGUAUUUUAUUUUGACUCAGUCCCACACACACCAUCCUGUUUCUAUAAAUACUAGAACACCAGAUGUGUAUUAAUCCGCCACUGAAAAUAGUCCCCAACAAAUACACUAUUUCCUCCUGUAUGAGUAACAGUUAUAGGCUGUUAUAGGAAGUGACUGAGCCUGAAACUUUUUUCGUUUUCAGUAAGAACCGACAGAGACAGAGUAGUAAGAAAUAUUAAUAUCUAUUAUUGAUUAUCUAUUAUAUCUGCUUGUGGUUUUGCCAUCAAGUACUAAAAAUGUCCGGAGUACCACAGUAUAUGUCCACAGGAUGCGUCAUUUCCAGCCUGUAAGCAGACAGAAAUGCAUUCUGGUAUAAAGCUUUUAUUUAUUAGGGGGUAAGUGGAUACAGCGUUGGAGACGGGGCUCCGUUCAUUCCUGUGGAAGCUGCUCAGUGGUGCAUGAAGCCAAAAACAAUUUGAUUUCCAGACAUAAAAUGACCUGAAUCUUCUGCAUAUGUUUCCACACUGUGGGGCCUAUAGAGGAAGCACACUAGAGACUUCCUCCGUUCCUAGCUUCCAGUUCAGCCCUCCGCUAACUUGUAUGAAGAUAUAAUAACUGAAUGGUCCAGGUGCAGUAUGGAUCCCGGCUGUUCCCUGUGUGGUUCGAUGACGUUUAAUGAAUUCACUGCCACUAGAGCGCCUCAGACCAAAUAAUGGGCACCAGACUCCAUUGACAAAACCAGUGAUUUUACCUCGUACAUAAAAACACAAUUCCAACUGGACAGAAACAAAUCAAACUCACCAGUCUUUCCAACAUUCUCCAACUCUGGUGGACAAAUACGCCAGAGUCCGUUUAAAAGAACUAACCCUACAGACCGAGCCUUAAAGAACAUGUUAAGACUAUCAGUAUUGAUCACUCGUUGUUGCUGUUCACUUUGUUAAUGAAGGGCAGCUGACAGGUUAGAGGAGGAUUCACAGGAGUUCACUGCAAUAAUGAACACAGGUCAGUCUGUGUUGUUACAGCAGUGUGGGUUAAACUAGCAAUUUGUGAAUAAUUGUCUCACAUCAGGAAAUUGUACGCAGAGGAAGAAGGAACAGGUUGACCAUAAUGUGACGUUGCAGGCUUUACAAUAAGCCGAUUGACAGACUUUGUUAAGUGUAACUGAAUACAACUCACCAUUAUUUUCAUUAUCCAUUUAUCGAUUAGUUGUUUGGUCCAGAAAGUGUUGAUCACUGUUUUACAAAGCCUAAGGUGGCGCCAUCAAAUGUUCUGCCCACAACCCAAAUAUAUUCAGUUCACUGUUAUGGAGGAAAAUAGCUUUUAGCCAUAAUUUAAGAAUUAAUUGAAUUCCAUCUCAUUCAUUCUGAUUUUCACUUCAGAUUUUACAUCUAAAAAAGAAAGAAAGCAAAAGCACCACUAGUAUAACUAUAUUUUAAAAGAAUCCAUCUUUACACACUAAUCAUGUAUAUGUGCACCUGUUGAGCCAAUACAUCAAUCAUUAAUCAUUAAAUCAUACAUAUGUUCCAAUAUAGAGAUAACUUCCAUUUAGCCAAAAAAUACACUUCAAGUAUUCACCACAUACAUUAUAUGAGUGUGAACAGACUCGUUGGUAGUUUGGUUCUGGAAUAAUAACACAAUAACACAUUACAGUUCAACAGCACAACCUCCAUCCUCCAAAAGCCUCCCACAGUUCAAUCAGCAGCUCUCUGAAACUGUUUCAAUCUCAACAUCAUGAUGUUCAUGAAGGAAGGGCUGUGGUGUUAGGUUGUGUUAGUUUGAGUAUACUCAGCAAUCACAUGUAAACUUAAUUCUGGCAGUAAAUCGUCCAAACCUGUUGAGAUUGUUCACGUCUAUAAAAAAAACCUAUGCAAAGCCUGUUGUGAUCUGAGAAGUCCACUUUGAAUUAUUUGUUGUUUCUCUGAGCUUUUUUCUUCAUACUUGUUUGUUUUUUAAGCUCGAGAGACAUUUAAGAGACAUUUGCUCAAAUUUGGUUCUUUAUAAAAGUGUCCUGUAGGAAGACGUGUGAUCAACACUUGUAGAAGAGAAUAGAGGAGGAGAAGGGUUUGUGCUAACUGAAGCUAAAGUACAGCGCUGUGUGUGAAACAAAGGCUCAUUCUCACUAAGAACUACAAGUACCAGUUUGUGUGUAACGUUGUGACACUAAAUCCACUGAACACACACUUUGUUUUUGUAAUCGCUGUAAUGGAUGAAGAGAGGAGGGAAAGUCAGUGCACGGAGGAGGCGGGUUGAUUUCUGUGUACAUAAACAAGGAGAGAGUGUAUUUAUACCGAUCAUAAAGGGCAAACCUUGUAUACAUGUAGAUUGUGAUUGUCUUGCCUUGUACUUUCUGAUGUAAAACUGUUUUUAAACCUAGACAACAGCAAACAAUACAAGUUCCUUUUGUCUAAUGAUUCUGAUUAUUUCAGGGCAGCUGAGCGGAGCUUCAUUAUUAUUAUUUUGUGUAUUUUGCAUCAAUGACAAAUCCAGAUAGUGAGUUACUAUGAUGGUAUUCUUUGUACAAUGAUGCUAAUAAGUAUUUCUUGUAUAUAAAAGUCUUUAUUGUGUUAGCAUGGGUAUAAACUGUGACGUGUAUGACGGUAGAUGUAAAUACUCACGUUUUUUUCCUACUCACUAAACAAACUGCUGUGUUGUGGAUUCAUGAUUAAUGACAAACAUUAAACAAUAAUGUUUUAUUGACUCA